CUCUGUUUCUUGUAGUUUUCUUGUUACCAUUAAAACUCUCUUCUUCUUCCCUUUCUCCUUGUUUUUUUGUACUAGGGUUCUGAAGCAGAGGAAAACGGGAAGAGAGAGAGAGAUCGAAAGAGAGAGGGAGGAAAAUGGAGAUGAGGGAGUUGUAUGGAAGGGAGUGAUGUGGCGGUAGAAUGUGGUGAAUUUGGUCUUGCACUGCGCUUUCAGUGAUCAAUGGGUCUCUGCAGUUCUAAACCCUCCCCCAAACCCAAUCCUUAUGCCAGGAGAGAGGAAGAGCCAGUCCAUGGAGACACCCCCAAAACUCCUCCUCCGAGUGACACCGUUAAUGGAGGAACUGAGAAUCAGCAGCAACAACAACAACCACCACCCCAGCAGCAGCAGCAUCAACAGCCACAGCAGAAAGAGGAUGUGGAGGCCGGAAAGAAGUCUCCUUUCUUCCCCUUUUACAGUCCAAGCCCCGCUCAUUACAUUUUCUCGAAAAAAUCUCCUGCAACUCCUAGCUCAAAUUCUACACCGAGGAGGAUCUUUAAGCGUCCCUUCCCUCCUCCGUCACCUGCCAAGCACAUACGGAUGUUGUUGGCUCGGCGUCAUGGAUCGGUGAAACCAAACGAGGCCUCCAUACCUGAGGGGAAUGAGUCGGAGGCCGUUGCCGGACUUGAUAAGACAUUUGGAUUCUCCAAGCACUUUGCCAGUAAGUAUGAGCUCGGGGAUGAGGUCGGGCGAGGGCAUUUUGGUUAUACUUGCGCCGCUAAGUUCAAGAAAGGCGAGCUCAAGGGCCAACAGAUUGCCGUUAAAGUAAUCCCCAAGGCCAAGAUGACUACAGCCAUUGCUAUUGAGGAUGUGAGACGGGAGGUGAAAAUCUUGAGAGCUUUGACCGGACAUGGCAAUCUAGUGCAGUUUUAUGAUGCAUGUGAAGAUCAUGACAAUGUCUAUAUAGUAAUGGAGUUAUGUGAAGGAGGCGAGUUAUUAGACAGGAUACUUUCAAGGGGUGGAAAGUACUCUGAAGAUGAUGCAAGGGCUGUUAUGGUUCAGAUAUUGAAUGUUGUUGCAUUCUGCCAUCUCCAGGGUGUGGUCCAUCGGGAUCUUAAACCAGAGAAUUUCCUCUUCACUUCUAAGGAUGAAAACUCACAGUUGAAGGCUAUAGACUUUGGCUUAUCAGAUUUUGUCAAACCAGAUGAAAGGCUUAAUGACAUUGUAGGAAGUGCAUACUAUGUUGCACCUGAGGUUCUUCAUAGAUCUUACAGUACAGAGGCUGAUGUAUGGAGCAUCGGUGUGAUAGCUUAUAUUCUUCUAUGUGGUAGUCGUCCCUUUUGGGCGAGAACUGAAUCUGGCAUCUUUCGAGCAGUCCUGAAAGCUGAUCCAAGUUUUGAUGAACCACCUUGGCCUACUUUAUCUUCCGAAGCUAAGGACUUUGUCAAGCGUCUAUUGAACAAAGACCCACGCAAAAGAAUGACUGCUGCUCAAGCUCUAUGCCAUCCUUGGAUUAGAAAUUAUAAUGAUGUAAAAGUACCACUUGACAUUCUAGUUUUCAAACUUAUGAAAGUGUAUAUGCGUUCAUCAUCUCUGCGGAAGGCAGCUUUGAGGGCUCUGUCUAAGACAUUAACUGUGGAUGAGCUCUUUUAUCUGAAAGAGCAGUUUGUGCUAUUGGAGCCAAGUAAAAAUGACAGCAUAAACUUAGAAAAUAUUAAAGUGGCCUUGAUGAAAACUGCAACAGAUGCAAUGAAGGAGUCUCGGGUCCAUGAAUUCCUUCCAUCCCUAGUUGCACUUCAGUACAGGAGGAUGGAUUUCGAAGAAUUCUGUGCUGCAGCUUUAAGUGUAUAUCAGCUUGAGGCACUUGACCUAUGGGAGCAACAUGCUCGUUGUGCCUAUGAUCUCUUUGAAAAGGAUGGGAACAGGGCAAUUGUCAUUGAUGAACUUGCUUCGGAACUUGGUCUUGGUCCUUCUGUUCCGGUCCAUGCCGUUCUCCAUGAUUGGAUAAGGCACACCGAUGGGAAGUUGAGCUUCCUCGGGUUUGUCAAAUUGUUGCAUGGGGUGUCAAGUAGAACCCUUGCAAAGGCUCAAUAAGUUUCAAACAAGAAAUAUAUAUGCCUAUGCAUGUGGAUACUCCAGGAGGUACAGUCCUGCCAUAAUAUUUGGCUGAUGAAGUUAAAAGAGACGGCGAUUUACCUUGCCAGCAUCAAACCACCAACCUACUUGCCCCGAAUUGCAGGUGUUGUAUGGCAGCUUGCAUAUAUCAGGGAGGGGGUGGGGCUGUCCAUACAAGAGACAGAAGUCUAUAAUUGGUGUAAAGGUGUGUAGUUUGUAAGGUGAUUGUGGCAGAAUAUUUGUAACUUGUAAGUGAUCUCAGUAGCACCAGGCACAAGAGAUCUUCGAUCGGUUCGUCCU